AUGGGAAUCUUCGUUCGUUGGUCGACUCGAAUCAAGCCGCUCCUCACGGACGCCAACAAGGCAGAACGCACUGCAUUUUGCGAAUUUGACAGCCUAUGGGAUGUGGUCCAUUUGGAUGAAAAGUGGUUCAAUGCCGACAAAGAUCGCCGCAAGGUGUACCUGGUUCCCGGUGAGACCCCUCCGCGGCGGACGUGGAAGAGCAAGCGCUUUAUCCCGAAGGUGAUGUUCUUGGCCGCGGUCAUCCGGCCUCGAUUUGACCACGACCGCGGGGUCAACGUGAAUGCAACUGUAUACCGAGACUACGUCAUCAACAAGGUCAUACCUGCGAUCAAGGCGUUCUUUCCGAGUGCGAACAAGCGUGUCGUCCUGCAACACGACAAUGCGACGCCUCAUGCCUCCAUCACGGAUGCUGAACUUCAAGCUGUGUCCACCGACGGGUGGAUGUUUGUGCUCCGUCGGCAACCGCCCAACAGUCCGGACCUGAACGCGCUGGACCUCGGCUUCUUCGGAAAGGUUCAAUCCCUACAGUACAAGUCGAUGAGUCGCACUGUCGACGAUGUGAUUCGCACGACCCUCGCUGCGUUCGAAGAGCUGAGCUACGAGAAGCUCGAGAGCGUCUUUCUCACGUUUCAGUGGUGA